AUGGCAGAAGGUGCUGACGAGGAAGAGAUCCAGUUCCUGCGUACAGAUGAUCAAGUGGUGCUGCAGUGCACUGCAUCUAUUCUUAAGGAACAGAUCAAGGUGUGUCUGUCAUGUGAAGGAUUUGGCAAUCGGCUGUGUUUCCUUGAGACCACCUCAAAUGCUCAGAAUGUCCCUCCAGACCUUGCCAUCUGCUGCUUCAUUUUGGAGCAGUCCCUGUCCGUGCGAGCGUUACAGGAGAUGCUCUCUAACACUAGUGUUGAUGAGGUAGGACACAGUGAAACAAAGGUAUCGUCACAAGGUGGAGGUCAUCGAACCCUGCUGUAUGGACACGCCAUCCUGCUAAAACACACUCACUCCAGCAUGUACUUGAGCUGUUUGACUACUUCACGCUCACUGACAGACAAAUUGGCUUUUGAUGUGGGUUUGCAGGAAGACUCCACAGGCGAGGCCUGUUGGUGGACCAUACACCCAGCCUCCAAGCAAAGGUCUGAGGGUGAGAAGGUCAGGGUGGGAGAUGACCUCAUUCUGGUCAGCGUUUCUUCAGAAAGAUACCUGCACUUGUCCUAUGCAAGUGGUGACUUGAUGGUAGAUGCUUCCUUCAUGCAAACACUGUGGACCAUGACCCCUGUGAUGUCUGGGUGUGAAUUAGCUGAAGGUUUUCUGACUGGAGGAUAUGUGCUCAGGCUCUUCCAUGGUCACAUGGAUGAGUGUUUGGCAAUCCCAGGAGCUGAACAAGGAGACGACCAGCGCAGAGUUGUUCAUUAUGAAGGCGGGGCCGUGUGCAGCCAUGCUCGGUCCUUAUGGAGACUUGAGCCACUGCGUAUUGGCUGGAGUGGGGGCCACAUUAAGUGGGGCCAGUCUUUCCGGAUACGCCACAUAACAACGGGCAGAUACCUGUGCCUGGAGGAGGAGAAAGGACUUUUGUUGGUGGACCCAGAGAAAGCCAAUUCCAAGAUGUCAGCCUUCUGCUUUAGAAUUUCUAAGGAACUACAGGAAAAAAUUGAAGUGACCCAAAAGCGGGAUGUGGAAGGAAUGGGCAUACCUGAGAUUAAGUAUGGAGAGUCCAUGUGCUUCGUACAGCAUGUCUCAACUGGCCUCUGGCUUACAUAUGCUGCUGUUGAUGCCAAAUCUGCACGUUUAGGCCCUCUGAAGAGAAAGGCCAUACUCCAUAAAGAAGGUCACAUGGAUGAUGCUCUCACUGUUGCUCGAUCUCAAACAGAAGAGUCUCAAGCUGCCAGAAUGAUUUACAGCACUACAGGCCUCUUCCACCAGUUCAUCAAUGGGAAAAACAAAUCUGUCAAUCCCCCAUCUCUGCCCAUGGACACAGUGGUACUAUCUCUCCAAGACCUUAUUUUCUACUUCCGACCCCCUGAGGAGGAGCUAGAGCACGAGGACAAACAGUUCAAGCUUCGCUCCCUCAAGAACAGACAAAACCUUUUCCAGGAAGAGGGCAUGAUUACACUUGUUCUGGAUUGUGUUGAUCGGCUUAAUGUGUACAACACAGCCGCGCACUUCUCAGAGUAUGCUGGGGAAGAAGCUGCAGAGUCAUGGAAGGAGAUAGUAAAUUUACUGUAUGAGUUGUUAGCCUCUUUGAUCAGAGGAAACCGAGCUAACUGUGCUCUGUUCUGUGACAACCUUGACUGGCUGGUCAGUAAACUGGAUCGUUUGGAAGCAUCUUCAGGAAUCCUGGAAGUGCUGUACUGUGUUCUGAUUGAGAGUCCAGAGGUGCUGAAUAUUAUUCAGGAGAAUCACAUCAAAUCAAUCAUCUCUCUUCUGGAUAAGCAUGGACGCAAUCACAAGGUCUUAGAUGUGCUGUGUUCUCUCUGUGUGUGUAACGGGGUGGCUGUGAGGUCCAAUCAGAAUCUCAUCACAGAGAAUCUUCUUCCAGGUCGUGACCUUCUACUUCAAACCAGCAUUAUCAACUAUGUAACCAGCAUGAGGCCCAAUAUUUUCCUUGGAACCUGUGAAGGAUCCACUCAGUAUAAGAAGUGGUAUUUUGAGGUGAUGGUAGACCAUGUGGAGCCAUUCCUCACAGCUCAGGCGUAUCACCUGCGUGUGGGGUGGGCUUUGACAGAAGGCUAUAGUCCUUACCCUGGUGGCGGGGAAGGAUGGGGGGCUAAUGGAGUCGGUGAUGACCUCUACUCCUAUGGUUUUGAUGGCUUUCAUCUCUGGUCAGGACGUGUUCCACGCCACGUUGCUUCUCCCAGUCAGCACAUCCUGGCAGCUGAGGAUGUGAUCAGCUGUUGUUUGGAUCUAAGCGUUCCCAGCAUCUCCUUCCGAAUCAACGGGCAUCCUGUUCAGGGAAUGUUUGAGAACUUCAACCUGGAUGGCCUAUUCUUUCCUGUUGUCAGCUUCUCUGCCGGCAUAAAGCUUCGAUUUCUUCUUGGAGGGCGUCAUGGAGAUUUCAAGUUCCUCCCACCUCCAGGCUAUGCUCCCUGCUAUGAGGCAGUGCUGCCCAGGGACCGUUUGCGGAUUGAGCCCAUCAAGGAGUAUAAGCACGAUUUUAAUGAUGUCCGCAAUCUGUUGGGUCCAACCCAGUCUCUUUCCCAUACAGCCUUCACUCCUUGCCCUGUGGACACUAUACAGAUUGUGCUUCCUCCUCAUUUGGAGCGCAUUCGAGAGAAGCUUGCAGAAAACAGUCAUGAGUUAUGGGCUGUUACUCGCAUUGAACAAGGGUGGACGUAUGGAUUAUUUCGUGAUGACAACAAGAAGCUGCAUCCCUGCCUGGUAGAUUUCCAGAGUCUGCCUGAGCCGGAGAAGAACUACAAUUUAGCAAUGUCUGGAGAGACAUUGAAAACUCUGCUGGCUCUUGGCUGUCAUGUUGGAAUGGGAGAUGAGAAAGCAGAGGAGAAUCUGAAAAAGAUCAAGCUCCCAAAAACUUACAUGCAGAUUAACGGAUACAAACCAGCCCCUUUGGACCUCAAUCAUGUCAAACUGACUCCUAAUCAAAACACUCUAGUAGAGAGACUGGCAGAAAAUGGACACAAUGUGUGGGCAAGAGACCGGGUUCGUCAGGGCUGGACCUACAGCAUUGUGCAGGAUAUAAUGAGUAAGCGCAAUCCCCGUCUGGUUCCGUACAACCUGCUGGAUGAAAAGACUAAAAAGACCAACCGAGACACAGUUUGUGCAGCAGUUCGCACUCUCAUUGGAUAUGGUUACAACAUAGAGCCGCCCGAUCAGGAGAGUAGUGGGCACGGACCCGGAAGCUCCCGGGGAGAUAAAAUCCGAGUUUUCAGAGCAGAGAAAUCAUAUGUCGUCACACACGGGAAGUGGUACUUUGAAUUUGAGGCUGUGACCGUGGGAGAGAUGAGAGUAGGCUGGGCCAGGCCCAGUGUUCACGCAGACAAAGAACUCGGAACAGAUGAGUUGGCAUAUGUCUUCAAUGGAUUCAAGGCCCAACGCUGGCAUGUGGGAAAUGAGUCAUUUGGCCGUCAGUGGCAGUCCGGUGAUGUGGUUGGCUGUAUGAUUGACCUCACCGAGAUGAACAUCAUGUUUACACUCAAUGGAGAAAUGUUGAUCAGUGACUCAGGCUCAGAAAUGGCCUUUAAGGAUAUCGAGAUAGGAGAAGGCUUUAUACCUGUAUGCAGUCUGGGCUUGUCCCAGGUUGGCAGGAUCAACCUGGGUCAGAAUGUCAGCAGUCUACGUUAUUUCACCAUCUGUGGCCUGCAGGAGGGAUUUGAGCCGUUUGCUAUUAAUAUGAAAAGAGACAUUACCAUGUGGUUCAGCAAAAGCCUUCCCCAGUUCAUCCCUGUUCCGACUGAUCAUCCUCACAUUGAGGUGUCGCGUGUUGAUGGAACUGUGGAUACGCCUCCUUGUAUCAAAGCAACCCACAAGACAGUUGGGUCUCAGAACGCCAACACAGAUUUGCUGUUCUUCAGACUCAGCAUGCCGAUUGAGUUUCAUGAGUUCUUCAAAGUCCCUGUGGGAACAACUCUUCUCACUCGUGCUCUCACCAUCCCCGAGGAUGAGGUUUUAGAGGUGGACCCAGACUCUGACUUUGAAAUACUCAAGAAGUCAGCUACUCGCAAAGAGCAGGAGGAGGAGAAGAAAGAGCCUUCCGUGCCCAAAGAGACUCCUGCCAUCAAAAAUGGAGAGAAUGAGAAAGAUGCCUCCACUGAGAAAAGCAAGAAGAAAGGUUUCCUUUUCAAGGCUAAGAAAGCUGCAUUAAUAACCCCACCACCUGUUGUUCCAACCCUGCCCCGCUUAGUGGAAGAUGUCGUACCAGAUGACAGGGAUGACAUGGACAUAAUCCUCAAUACCACCACGUACUAUUACUCAGUGAGAAUAUUUGCAGGACAAGAACCAGGAGGUGUGUGGGUAGGCUGGAUCACACCAGACUAUCACCAGUAUGACCUUCAUUUUGACAUCAGCAAAGUGAGAAAUGUUACAGUCACAGUCGGUGAUGAUAAAGGCAACAUUCACGACAGUAUCAAGCGCAGUAACUGCUACAUGGUUUGGGGAGGAGAGUUCGGCAGCUCCCAGCAGACUCGCGUCAGCCAGGAGGACUUUGUGAUUGGCUGUCUUGUUGAUCUGGACACAGGACUCAUGACUUUUACUGCUAAUGGAAAAGAAAUAAACACAUUUUACCAGGUGGAGCCAAACACAAAACUCUUCCCAGCUGCCUUUGUUCUGCCUUCCUAUCAGAAUAUGAUCCAGUUUGAACUUGGCAAGCUCAAAAACAUCAUGCCAAUUUCAGCUGCCAUGUUCCGGAGCGAACGUAGAAACACCAUUCCCCAAUGCCCUCCAAGACUGGAUGUUCAGAUGUUAACCCCAGUCAUCUGGAGCCGAAUGCCCAACCACUUCUUGGCUCCUGAAACCGGGCGUGUCAGUGAGAGACUGGGCUGGAUGGUUCAGUGCCAGGAACCACUCACUAUGAUGGCCCUUCACAUUCCAGAGGAGAACAGAUGUAUUGACAUCCUGGAACUAUCUGAACGAAUGGACUUGCUGAAGUUUCACUACCACACUCUGAAGCUGUAUGGCUCAGUGUGUGCUCUGGGUAACAACCGCGUGGCACACGCGUUGUGUAGCUAUGUAGAUGAAUCUCAGCUUUUCUAUGCCAUAGAGAACACCUACCUACCUGGACCAAUGAGGAGUGGCUUCUACGACCUUCUCAUCAGCAUGCACCUAGAGUCUGCUAAACGGAAUCGUCUGGGAACCAACAAGGAAUUCAUUGUUCCCAUGACAGAUGAAACACGCACUAUCACUUUGUACACUGCAAAAUCUCAUGCUUUGCCAGGUGUUGGUCUCACUACAUGUCUCCGUCCAAAACUCCAUUUCUCCCCUGUUGGGUUUGUGGGAACAGAUCCAAACAUUUACACCCUGAGCCCAGUCAUUCCCUUACAGGUCCUAAAGACCACAGCCUUGAACAUGCUGAUUGAAGCUGUGCAAGAUGGAGGCCAAGCCAUGAGAGACCCUGUGGGAGGCAGUGUUGAGUUUCAUUUUGUUCCAAUCCUGAAGCUCAUCAGUACUCUCCUCAUAAUGGGCGUGUUUGAUGAUGAAGAUGUUACACACAUCCUAAAAAUGAUUGACCCCACCGUCUUCAGUACUACAAAAGCAGAAGAGCUCACUGAGGAGACUGAGGAAACUGAGAAAGAGUCAAAGCCUGUAGACAUUGGAGGGGAUGCUAAAGAAGAACUACUAGAACAAGGACUUUUCCAGAUGAAACUACCAGAGUCUGUAAAAUUACAGAUGUGUACUCUGCUGCAGUAUUUCUGUGACUGUGAGCUGCGUCACAGAGUGGAGGCCAUCUCUGCCUUUUCAGAUAAGUUUGUCAGCCAGAUACAGUCCAACCAGAGGCAGCGCUAUAAUGAUCUGAUGCUGGCUUUCACUAUGAGUGCUGCUGAAACUGCUCGCAAGACCCGUGAAUUUCGCUCCCCACCUCAGGAGCAGGUCAACAUGCUUAUGAACUUCAAGAACUGCCCUGAAGAUGAAGAGUGUCCUGUCCCAGAUGAGGUUCGAGAAUCCUUGCUGGUGUUUCAUAAUGCUCUGCUGCUCCACUGUGGUGUUCACAUUGAGGAGGAAGAAGAAGAGGAGGAAGUGGAUAAUUCUGUCCGUGGACGGUUGCUUCGUCUGUUGGAAAAGGUGAAAAAAUUCCGUGAGAAGAGGGUAGAAGUGGAUCCUGAGCCACAGGAAGACAAAAAACCAAGCACAUUACAAGAGCUGAUUUCCCAUACAAUGAUCCACUGGGCGCAGGAGUCAUUCAUCCAGAACCCUGAGUUAGUGCGUAUGAUGUUCAGCCUCCUUCACAGGCAGUAUGAUGGGCUGGGUGAGCUCAUGCGUGCCCUUCCCAAGGCUUACACCAUCAAUGCAGUGUCAAUUCAGGACACCAUGGACCUGCUGGAGUGCUUAGGCCAGAUCCGCUCACUGCUUAUUGUGCAGAUGGGUCCAGAAGAGGAGAGGCUUAUAAUUCAAAGUAUCGGGAACAUCAUGAGUAACAAAGUUUUCUAUCAACACCCCAACUUGAUGCGAGCUCUGGGCAUGCAUGAAACUGUCAUGGAGGUCAUGGUUAAUGUACUGGGUGGUGGGGACUCUAAGAUCAGAUUCCCUCGAGUGGUGACAAAUUGUUGCCGCUUUCUCUGCUACUUUUGUCGUAUCAGUCGUCAGAAUCAGCGUUCCAUGUUUGACCACCUCAGCUACCUUCUCCAGAACAGUGGCAUUGGCCUUGCUGUAGUAAAGCUAAACGUUGUAUGGGUUUCUCCAGGAAUGCGUGGCUCUACCCCCUUGGAUGUGGCUGCAGCCUCUUGUAUUGACAAUAACGAACUGGCUCUGGCUCUCCAAGAGCAGGAUUUAGAAAUGGUGGUGAAGUAUUUGGCUGGAUGUGGACUUCAAAGUUGUCCCAUGCUGCUGGCUAAAGGCUACCCUGACAUUGGCUGGAAUCCUUGUGGUGGAGAGAAAUACCUUGACUUUCUUCGUUUUGCUGUAUUCGUCAACGGAGAAAGUGUAGAAGAGAAUGCCAAUGUGGUGGUACGCCUUCUCAUUCGAAGGCCUGAGUGCUUUGGCCCAGCUCUGAGAGGAGAGGGUGGUAAUGGUCUGCUUGCAGCAAUAGAGGAAGCCAUCAAAAUAUCAGAGGACCCUGCAAGGGAUGGUCCUAGUACUUUUUUUGGUAGGUUUGGAGGAGAGGAACAGCAUGAGGAGAACAGGGUGCACCUGGGAAAUGCCAUCAUGUCCUUCUACUCUGCUCUAAUUGAUCUACUGGGACGCUGUGCCCCAGAGAUGCAUCUAAUCCAAGCUGGUAAAGGUGAGGCCCUGAGAAUCAGGGCGAUUCUGAGGUCUCUGGUUCCCAUUGAGGAUCUGGUGGGAGUCAUCAGCCUUCCUGUUCAGAUCCCUUCUUUUGGAAAGGACAAUAGCAUCAUAGAGCCAAAGAUGUCAGCCAGUUUUGUGCCAGAUCACAAGGCCCCCAUGGUGCUGUUCCUAGACAGAGUUUAUGGUAUUGACAAUCAAGAUUUCCUGCUUCAUGUGCUUGAGGUGGGCUUUUUACCUGACAUGAGGGCUGCUGCCUCUCUGGACACGGCUGCAUUCAGCACCACGGAGAUGGCCCUUGCUUUGAACCGCUACCUAUGCUCUGCUGUGUUGCCACUCAUCACCAAGUGUGCGCCACUUUUUGCCGGCAGUGACCACAGAGCCAUAAUGAUUGACUCAAUGCUGCACACAAUCUACAGACUGUCCAGAGGACGAGCCUUCACAAAGGCUCAGAGAGACAUUAUUGAGGAGUGCCUCAUGGCUUUGUGCAAGCAUCUACGUCCAUCCAUGCUUCAGCACCUUCUAAGAAGGCUGGUGUUUGAUGUUCCCAUUCUCAAUGAGUAUGCCAAAAUGCCACUGAAGCUUUUGACUAAUCAUUAUGAGCGAUGCUGGAAAUAUUACUGCCUUCCUAAUGGUUGGGCUAACUUUGGAGUUGCCUCAGAAGAAGAACUACAUCUGACCCGCAAACUUUUCUGGGGGAUCUUUGAAUCACUGGCACACAAGAAAUUUGAUGCUGAAAUUUUCAAAAUUUCAAUGCCAUGUAUCUGCGCCAUUGCUGGAGCCAUUCCUCCGGAUUAUGUGGACGCCAGCUACUCCUCCAAAACAGAGAAAAAGGCAUCAGUGGAUGCAGAGGGAAACUUUGAUCCUAAACCAGUAGAGACCACAAACACAAUAAUUCCUGAGAGACUGGAUCCCUUUAUCAACAAAUAUGCUGAAUAUACACACGAUAAAUGGGCCUUUGAAAAGAUUCAGAAUAACUGGUCAUACGGUGAGGUGCUGGAUGAGAAUGCUAAAACCCAUCCUAUGCUCAGACCAUACAAAACCUUCUCAGAGAAGGACAAAGAGAUCUAUCGAUGGCCAAUCAAAGAGUCAGUUAAAGCCAUGCUGGCGUGGGAAUGGAAUUUAGACAAAGCUAGAGAAGAAGAGGAGUCAGAGAAGAAGAAGGCAGCAGCUAGAAAAAUCUCUCAGACUGCUCAGGGCCAUGGCUACAGUCCACAGCCCAUUGAUAUCUCACACAUGGGUCUUUCAAGAGAUCUGCAGUCAAUGGCAGAGCAACUUGCAGAAAAUUACCAUAACACCUGGGGACGCAAGAAAAAGUUAGAACUGCAGGCCAAAGGAGGAGGAACACAUCCUCUGCUGGUGCCCUACGAUACUCUGACAGCAAAAGAGAAGGCGCGAGACAGAGAGAAAGCCUAUGAGUUGCUCAAGUUCCUGCAGCUUAACGGAUAUGCCGUCACAAGGGGCCUGAAAGAUAUGGAGUCAGAAAUAUCGUCUAUUGAGAAGAGGUUUGCCUAUGGUUUCCUGCAGAAGCUGUUAAAAUGGAUGGAAAUUGCCCAGGAGUUUAUUGCUCAUCUUGAGGCUGUGGUGAGCAGCGGACGAGUGGAAAAGUCUCCUCACGAGCAGGAAAUCAAAUUUUUUGCCAAGAUUUUGAUGCCUCUAAUAAACCAGUACUUCAAAAAUCACUGCCUCUACUUCUUAUCAACACCUGCUAAAGUUCUGGGCAGCGGGGGACAUUCCUCCAAUAAGGAGAAGGAGAUGAUUGCCAGUAUCUUCUGUAAAAUGUCUGCUCUGGUGAGGCACAGAGUUUCUCUCUUUGGAACGGAUGCUCCAGCUAUUGUUAACUGUCUUCACAUUCUGGCACGGUCACUGGAUGCAAGGACAGUGAUGAAGUCAGGGCCUGAGAUUGUGAAAGCAGGGCUGCGGUCAUUCUUUGAGAGUGCUGCUGAUGAUAUAGAGAAGAUGGUGGAAAAUCUCAAACUGGGCAAAGUAUCCAAAGGCAAUCAGCAAGUGAAAGGUGUCUCCCAGAACAUCAACUACACAACUAUCGCCCUGCUCCCUGUGCUGACCUCCCUGUUUGAUCACAUCGCUCAGCACCAGUUUGGAGAUGAUGUCAUCUUGGAUGACCUACAGAUGUCAUGCUAUCGCAUCAUGUGUAGCAUCUACUCGUUAGGAACUGUCAAAAAUCCACAUGUUGAGAGACAGAGGCCAGCUCUUGGAGAGUGCCUGGCUCACCUUGCAGCAGCUAUGCCAGUUGCCUACUUAGAGCCCAAUCUAAAUGAGUUCAACGCUUUUUCUGUCUAUACCACAAAGACACCAAGAGAGAGAGCUAUCCUGGGGCUUCCCAAUGAGGUCCAGGAAUUAUGUCCAGACAUCCCAGAGCUGGAUGUUCUGUUAAAGGAGAUUGGGGACUUGGCAGAGUCUGGGGCUCGCUACACUGAGAUGCCUCAUGUGAUUGAAAUCACUUUGCCAAUGUUGUGCAACUACCUUCCACGCUGGUGGGAGAGAGGAGCUGAAAACGUCCCUGAGAUGGAAGAUCGACUCUGCACGGAUGUCACAUCAGAACACCUAAACCAGCUGCUGGGAAGCAUCAUGAAAAUUGUUGUCAAUAACUUGGGUAUUGAUGAAGCCUCGUGGAUGAAGAGAUUAGCUGUGUUUUCACAGCCCAUUGUCAGCAGGGCAAAGCCAGAAAUGCUUAAAUCCCACUUCAUUCCAACAAUGGAGAAGCUAAAGAAACGUACCUCAAAGGUGGUGGCUGAGGAGGACCAUUUGCGAAUGGAGGGAAAAUCAGAGGGGGAUGAAGAGGAUGGCACUAUACGAGAUGAAUUUGCUGUCCUCUGCAGAGACUUGUACGCCCUCUACCCUCUGCUGAUCCGCUAUGUGGACAACAACAGAGCAAGAUGGCUGACAUGUCCUGACCCAGAUGCAGAAGAACUCUUCCGAAUGGUGGGAGAGGUCUUUAUUUUCUGGUCCAAGUCUCAUAACUUUAAACGAGAGGAGCAGAACUUUGUGGUGAUGAAUGAGAUCAAUAACAUGUCAUUUCUCACUGCUGACAGCAAGAGCAAAAUGAGCAAGGGAGGAAGUUCCGAUACUGAACGCACCAAGAAGAAAAAACGGGGAGAUCGUUACUCUGUCCAGACUUCACUUAUCGUUGCCGCCUUGAAAAAGAUGCUCCCCAUAGGCCUCAACAUGUGCUCUCCCGCUGAUCAGGAGCUCAUCAACCUGGCCAAGAUCCGUUACUCUUUGAGAGAUACUGAUGAAGAAGUAAGAGAGUUCCUGCAGAGCAACCUACAUCUUCAGGGCAAGGUGGACAACCCAUCCAUGCGCUGGCAGAUGGCUCUGUACAAGGAGAUGGCAGGGAAAGCCGAAGACGCUGAUGCUCCUGUGAAAGUUGUCAAGAGAGUACAGGAGGUUUCUGCAGUCCUCUACCACCUUGAAGUGACGGAGCAUCCUUUUAAAUCCAAGAAGAUGGUGUGGCACAAACUGUUGUCCAAGCAGAGACGCAGGGCUGUUGUCGCUUGCUUCAGGAUGACACCACUGUACAACAUACCGAGACAUCGAGCUUCAAACAUGUUCCUUGAGGGUUACAAGCGUAACUGGCUUCAUACUGAGGGUUUUUCCUUUGAAGACAGGAUGAUAGAUGACUUAUCUAAAGCAAUGGAGCAGGAGGAAGGUGAUGAAGAAGAGGAGAAAGAAACUAAACCAGAUCCCCUUCACCAGCUUAUUCUGCAUUUCAGUCGAACAGCUCUAACAGAAAAGAGUAAACUGGAAACAGAUCAUCUUUAUAUGGCUUAUGCAGAUAUUAUGGCAAAGAGUUGCCAUAUUGGUGAGGAUGAAGAAGGGGGAGAGGAAGAGGUGGAAAGUGCUCAGGAUGAGAUGUCCUUUGAGGAAAAAGAAAUGGAGAAACAAAGGCUUCUGUACCAGCAGUCCAGACUUCAUAAUCGUGGCGCUGCAGAGAUGGUCCUGCAAAUGAUCAGUGCAUGCAAAGGUGAAACUGGCCCGAUGGUAUCUACAACCCUCAAGCUGGGUAUUUCUAUCCUUAAUGGUGGAAACAGUGAAGUUCAGCGAAAAAUGCUGGAGUACUUAAAGGACAAGAAAGAUGUGGGCUUCUUUUUGAGUCUCCAGGCAUUGAUGCAGACUUGCUGUGUCUUGGAUCUAAAUGCUUUUGAGAGGCAGAACAAGGCAGAGGGGCUUGGCAUGGUUUCAGAGGAAGGCACUAACUUGAACCUAGAUCGGGAUGAGAAAGUUAUGGCUGAUGAUGAGUUCACCUGCGAUCUCUUCCGGUUCUUGCAGCUGCUCUGUGAAGGCCACAAUAAUGAUUUUCAGAACUACUUGCGGACACAAAUAGGCAGCACAACUACCAUCAAUGUAAUCAUCUGCACUGUGGAUUACCUCCUCCGGCUCCAGGAAUCUAUAAGCGAUUUCUACUGGUAUUAUUCUGGCAAGGAUGUCAUUGAUGAACCAGGUAAAAAGAACUUCUCCAAAGCAAUGACAGUCGCCAAACAGAUUUUCAACAGUCUGACUGAAUAUAUUCAGGGUCCAUGCACUGGCAACCAGCAGUCCCUGGCCCACAGCAGGCUGUGGGAUGCUAUUGUCGGAUUCCUUCACGUCUUUGCACACAUGAUGAUGAAGUUGGCACAGGACUCCAGCCAGAUUGGUCUGCUGAAGGAGCUGCUUGACCUACAGAAAGACAUGGUUGUCAUGUUGCUCUCAUUAUUAGAGGGAAAUAUUGUAAAUGGUACAAUCGCACGCCAGAUGGUGGACAUGUUGGUAGAGUCCUCCAGCAACGUCGAAAUGAUUCUCAAGUUCUUCGACAUGUUCCUCAAACUGAAAGACAUUGUGGCUUCGGAUGCUUUCCGUGAUUAUGUGACGGACCCUCGAGGGCUCAUCUCCAAAAAGGACUUCCAGAAGGCCAUGGACAGUCAGAAACAGUACUCUCCCUCAGAGAUCCAGUUUCUUCUGUCCUGCUCGGAAGCAGAUGAGAAUGACAUGAUCAACUAUGAGGAGUUUGCCAGUCGCUUCCAAGAGCCUGCCAAAGACAUUGGCUUCAACAUCGCAGUGCUGCUCACCAACCUGUCUGAGCACGUCCCCCAUGACACCAGACUAAAGAACUUCCUGGAACAAGCAGAGAGUGUGCUGAACUACUUCCGCCCAUUCCUGGGUCGUAUUGAAAUAAUGGGCGCCAGCAGGAAGAUUGAGCGCAUCUACUUUGAAAUCAGUGAAGUUAACCGCAGACAGUGGGAAAUGCCACAAGUCAGAGAGUCCAAGCGGCAGUUUAUAUUCGAUGUUGUCAACGAGGGCGGUGAAUCAGAGAAGAUGGAGAUGUUUGUCAACUUCUGUGAAGACACCAUCUUUGAGAUGAAGAUAGCCUCACAAAUUUCAGAGCAGGAAGAGGAGGAAAAGGGGGAAGAGGAUGACGAAGGAGAUGAGGGUGGGGGUGAGGGAGGACCUGUUGUGGGAGCAGGUGGAGGAGGAGAUGAGGAUAGUAAUGGCGAGGAAGGGCAGCCUGAAUCAACCUCUGCAUUUGCGGACUUUAUAAACAGCAUGUUAAGCUUCUUCAACAUUUUUACCUUCCGUAACCUUCGCAGACAGUACCGCAGAGUGAGGAAGAUGACCUUCAAGGAGAUUGUUGUGGCUUUGUCCAUUUUUUUCUGGACCAUCCUGAUGAGUAUUCUCCACUUCAUUUACAAUGUGUGCAAAGGCUUCUUUAUGAUCAUCUGGCAAGCUCUGUUUGGAGGUGGUUUGGUUGAGGGAGCUAAAAAUAUUACAGUAACAGAAAUUUUAGCAAGCAUGCCAGAUCCCACGCAGGACGAUGUGCAUGGAGAUGGACCAGGGGAGACAGGAACGGGAGAAGAACAAGACACGGGGGGGAUAACGGAUUCUGGUGAGACUGGGAGUGGUGAAGAGGAGGAGGAAGAUACCCAGGAAAAAGAGGGUGGAAGGAUACCAGGUGCUGAUGCUCCAGGUGGUCUUGGAGACAUGGGUGUAGAGGAACCUGUUGAACCUCCAACUCCUGAGGGAAGUCCCAUAACAAAGAGAAAAAUGUCACCAGAAGAGGCUGAUGCUAGCCAAAAACCACCUGAGCCGCCUCCUGUUGAGGAAACUCCUCCAGAGCCUGAAAAAGCUGAUGAUGAAGAUGGAGAGAAAGCUGAGAAAGAGUCCCCAAGCAAAGAAAAAGAAGAGCCAGAAAAACCAAGGAAGACUUCAGCGAAAAAAGAGAAGAAGAUAAAAAGGGAAGGAGGUUUUCAAAUUUGGACUGAGCUGGAAACCCAAAGGAAUAAAUUUAUGAACUACCUCUCCAGAAACUUCUACAACCUGCGUUUUCUGGCUCUGUUCCUUGCGUUUGCUCUCAACUUCAUCUUGCUUUUCUACAAGGUGUCAGAAACUCCACCCAACGAAGAGGCCGAGGGAUCUGGAAUGAAUGAGGGAGUAGAUGAGGAUGAAGAGGACGUCCCACUUUAUUUCUAUUUAGAGGAGAGCACUGGAUACAUGCAGCCCACACUGGCCUUCCUUGCGAUCCUUCACACAGUCAUUUCAUUUAUCUGUAUCAUCGGCUACAAUUGUCUGAAGAUUCCACUGGUGAUCUUUAAAAGGGAGAAAGAACUUGCAAGAAAGUUGGAGUUUGAUGGCCUCUACAUCACUGAGCAGCCCGAGGAUGACGACAUUAAGGGCCAGUGGGACCGAUUAGUCCUGAAUACACCCUCUUUCCCAAACAACUAUUGGGAUAAAUUUGUCAAACGAAAGGUUCUGGAUAAGUACGGAGACAUUUAUGGAAGAGAGCGAAUCGCCGAGCUGCUGGGUGUUGAUUUGGCCUCUCUGGAUGUGAGUCAGCAGCAUGAGAAGAAACAGGAGGAACCAGACAACUCAGUGUUUGCAUGGAUGACCUCUAUAGACAUCAAGUACCAGAUCUGGAAAUUUGGGGUUGUGUUCACAGACGGUACUUUCCUUUAUCUCUGUUGGUACCUGAUCAUGUCCUUGCUUGGGCAUUAUAACAACUUCUUCUUCGCCUGUCACUUACUGGAUAUUGCUAUGGGUGUCAAGACUCUUCGUACCAUCCUGUCCUCAGUCACACACAAUGGCAAACAGCUCAUGAUGACGGUGGGCUUGCUGGCCGUGGUGGUGUACCUUUACACUGUAGUCGCUUUUAAUUUCUUCCGCAAGUUUUACAAUAAAAGCGAGGAUGAGGAUGAACCAGAUAUGAAAUGUGAUGACAUGAUGACCUGUUACCUGUUCCACAUGUAUGUGGGUGUGCGCGCUGGUGGAGGCAUUGGGGAUGAGAUAGAGGAUCCAGCCGGAGAUGAAUACGAGCUUUAUCGAGUGGUCUUUGAUAUCACGUUCUUCUUCUUUGUCAUUGUCAUUCUGUUGGCCAUUAUUCAGGGUCUGAUCAUUGAUGCCUUUGGAGAGCUCAGAGACCAACAAGAGCAGGUUAAGGAGGACAUGGAGACAAAAUGCUUCAUAUGUGGCAUUGGAAGUGACUACUUUGAUACGACACCACAUGGCUUUGAGACCCACACUUUUGAUGAGCACAACCUGGCCAAUUAUUUGUUCUUCCUCAUGUACCUUAUCAACAAAGAUGAGACGGAGCACACGGGUCAGGAGUCAUACGUGUGGAAGAUGUAUCAGGAGCGUUGCUGGGAUUUCUUCCCUGCAGGAGACUGUUUCAGAAAGCAAUAUGAGGAUCAACUUUCCUAGCCAAUAAGGGCUUUAUGGAAGGGGACAGAAAUGAUCGUUAUUAAACAGCCACUUGACAAAACCUUAAAGAAUUAAAUUUUUUAUAAAAGUGCUAAAUAAUUUUCUAUUUCACCAGAAUGACACUUUGCUUGUUCCCAGUUAUGGACAUUUUAAUUAUAAAAGUAUUAUGAAUAAAAAUGAUAAUAAAAAUUAUGAAAAAAGCUAUAUAAAUGGGAACGUGAACGAUGGUUUAGCUGUUGUAGUGGAAACUCUUUACCAGAAAAAGUGCCUGAAGAGUAAAACAAGAUGCAUUACCAAACAAACACUUUACAGCAUGUAAAAGGAUGCAGUUCUCUGGAUUGAACACUACAUUUUAUCUAAAUGCCCCUGUAUGUAAUCACAGUUUUGUUUAUUUUUUAUUUAUGCAUUUAUCCUGUUUUCAUUCAUAGCAGUUGGGUGCUCUUCAGAUACUCCAUUAAUGUUUGAUUUAAAAUAACUAUAUUUAUUUAUCAAUAUAACAUCAAAUCUGGAAUUAUGAAUAAAAUCUGGCAGUGGAUAAAUGU